AAAUAGAUUUUAUAUAUUUCAGACAGAUUAGAUCGCAAUCCCAAAAAUAGCUCUUAUAAACUCAGCCAAGAUUGCAAAAAUUCAAUCAACUUCUGUAGGGUAUUGCAAGGGACGAUCAAGAAGCAGGAAAAGAGUUCUGGAAGAAGAAUCUUCCUUUCCUCUUUUCCUCUUCAAUCUGUUUUCAUCAUAAAGACGAGAAAAAAUUGAAUACUUGGCUUCUUGAUCGCUCGAAUAACCAUCAUCAUCAUCUAGAUCCCCCAAACGCUGCGUUUUUUGUUGGCUGAACCGUCUACAUCCAUGACAGGAGGAUAUUUUAUAUCCGAGAGUGGCCAUGGAAAAGAGUACCAAGAAGGCCGUGUUACUGCUUUUGUCGUGAUCUCCUGCAUUGUGGCUGCAAUGGGAGGUCUCCUCUUCGGUUACGAUAUCGGUAUCUCAGGAGGAGUGACAUCAAUGGAUGAGUUUCUAACGAGAUUCUUCCCCGACGUGCAACGCCAAAGGCAACACAAUACAGGGCAUGAAACAGAGUAUUGCAAAUUCGACAAUGAGCUUCUCACUCUCUUCACCUCCUCUCUCUACCUCGCGGCUCUAUUCGCUUCCUUCCUCGCUUCAACGAUCACAAGGCUUUUUGGCCGGAAAAUCUCAAUGAAGAUCGGAGGUCUCGCUUUUCUCUCCGGAGCUCUUCUCAACGGUUUCGCUGUCAGCCUCGAGAUGUUGAUCAUCGGUCGGUUACUUCUCGGUGUAGGCGUCGGAUUCGCUAACCAAUCUGUUCCUCUUUACCUCUCUGAGAUGGCUCCCGCCAAGAUCAGAGGAGCUCUCAACACCAGUUUCCAAUUAGCAAUCACGUUGGGGAUCUUAGCCGCGAACCUUGUGAACUACGCAACCCCGAAGCUCGAGAGCGGGAUCGGAUGGAGGUUUUCUCUCGGUUUAGCUGGGAUUCCGGCUGCUCUGAUUCUCGUUGGGUCCUUUCUCUUGCCAGAGACGCCAAACUCAAUCCUCGAACGUGGAUACAAAGAAGAGGCUAGGAACAUGCUACAAAAGAUCAGAGGAACCAUGGAGGUUGAGAAUGAGUUUAGGGAUCUUUGCAACGCGUGUGAGAUCUCGAAGAGAGUUAAGCAUCCAUGGACGGCCAUAAUGCAAGCUCGGUAUAGACCACAGCUCACGUUCUGCGUCUUCAUCCCAUUCUUCCAGCAGCUAACCGGGAUCAAUGUCAUCAUGUUCUAUGCGCCUGUCUUGUUUAAGACCAUCGGUUUUGAAGACAACGCCUGCCUCAUAUCGGCAGUCAUUACUGGUCUUGUCAAUUUCCUGUCUACAAUCGUCUCCAUCUACUCUGUCGACAAACUCGGACGCAGACAUCUGUUUCUUGUAGGCGGCAUCCAGAUAAUGUUGACCCAGAUCGCAAUAGGAUCGAUGAUCGCAUGGAAAUUCGGAUUGAAUGGCGACGGGACAUUGUCACAUCUUGAGGCAGAUAUACUCUUGGCCCUCAUAUGUGUCUACGUGGCGGGUUUUGCGUGGUCGUGGGGGCCGUUGGGAUGGUUAGUGCCGAGUGAGAUAUGUCCGUUGGAAAUCAGAUCGGCAGGACAAUCGUUGAACGUGUCGGUGAACAUGUUCUUCACGUUCGUCGUUGGACAGUUCUUCCUGACGAUGCUUUGCCACAUGAAGUUUGGUCUCUUCUACUUCUUCGCCGUCGCGGUCUUGAUCAUGACGAUUUUCGUCCACUUCUUGUUGCCAGAGACGAAAGGAGUUCCGAUUGAGGAGAUGGGGAGAGUGUGGAAGGAGCAUAGAUUCUGGGGAAAAUAUACUGCGGAUGAUAGUGGUGAUGAUGAUGAUGUUUAUAUUUAAGAUUAAGGGUUUUUUUAGGAUUCGAUUAAUUUUUUGACAGAACGCUUGUACUGACCCAUUUGUUAAAAUGAAACGAGGAAAGAAAAAAAAAAUCAACAAAACGGGUGUACAUAUUUUAACUUGAAACCUUUCGUCUAUUGUUCAGAUUACUUUUGCAGCAUAACAAAACUCUGUCAUGUUUUGAUUAAACCUAGCUUGAUAUACGGCUAUUCCAUGAAAUGGAUGAAAGUUAGAGCAAGAAGAACCGAUCAAUUGAAGGAUCGUGAGCAAAGAAGUGUGAAGCCCUAGAUGGCUAGAUGAAACGAAGACGGUCGUAUGUAGUCAUCUAAGUCAUGUACUCAUGUUCGCC